AUGUCAAAUUUGGCUUAUCUAAGAAAGCACAACGAUUCUCAAGAAAGAAUAACAGAAGAUGAAGAAAGUGUAUCUCAAAGAACUCCAGAUAGUAAUGAAAAAAUUAUGGAUAUUAGAGCAACACCAAUACCAAAUAGAACUACAUAUGAAUCAAGAACAACUACUCCAGAAGAAACAGGAAAUGUACAGUGUAAAAUAUGCUCUAAAACAUUUGAACAACAUAAAUAUUGGGACUGUCCAAAUACAAUAUGUAAUAAGUACCAAGAAACAGGACACACACACCAAAAUUGUCCAAAUAUUUCACUAUUAAAGAAAGGAAAUUAUUGUGGAUAUGAUCCAAAAGAAGUAACUGCAACAAGAAUAAAUCAUUUAAUUAACCUAAACUCUUCAACAUCAAAAUCAAAGAAGAACAUUGUUGUAAUUCAAAUCCCUGUUAUAACUAUACUUAUAAAGGAAGGAAAGAACACUGGUUCAAUACCAGACAGAGUAACAAACUUGCAAGAAUUAGAACUUCUAAAAGAGGAACAAGAAGAAGAUGAAUUCUUUUAUCCAGAAGUACCUCUCUUUUAUAAUGAAGAAAAUAAUAACAUCAAAGAAGAAAUAGCCUAUAAUCAAGCUAUUACUGAGAGUUUAAAUAAUUUGAAUAAAGAAAAUACAAAAAGACCAGAAACAUAUGCCAAAUGGUGUAAAGAAACUACUAAAGAACUAGAAUGUACUCUUUGUAAAGAAUGUCUUUUACCAACUAAUAUUAAAGAAGAAAGUAGUUAUGUGAAUAUAACAAAUAUGAUGGAAAAAGCUAUUUAUCUAUACUGUAUUAAUUGCUAUAAUAAGGUAUACUACUCAACACAAUAUUGUACCAAGUAUAUCCAAAACCCUCUGGGAUCAGAAGAAGACCUAGCAAGAGGAUUUUGUCAAGAAUGUUAUACCAAAGAAAAAGGAAAAGCUAAAGAAGCAUUUUCAAAAGACUGCUUUUUUAAUGAACUAAUAACAACUAAACAAAAACAACAGGUAGACCAAGAGCAUCUUAUAAACCUAAUAAAGUAUGAAGGUCUAAAGAGAAUAAUCCAAAGAAUAGUAGGAGUAAUUGAUAAAUCAGUAGAUUCAAUUAAUGAAAGUUUUAAGCUAAGACUUUCAACAAAACAACAAGCAUUUAAAGAAGCAAUGCAAAGAGGACAAUCACAAACAAGAAGAUUACCAAGAAUUACAAUUACUACAGUAAUUGAAGAUAACAAUAAUAUAGAAGUAGAAGAAAUUACCCAAGAAGAAUUCUAA